UCCUUCCCGGGCGGGACACCCGGGAACGGCUGUGGACUUCUGCCGUGUUGGCCCCUUUCCACUUGUUAGGCGCCUCCUCGCGCCACUUGCCUUUUAGACACAGUGAUGGAGCGUUCUAUUUCUGGGCAUUUGAAAGUGACAGUCGGGGCUCCAGUGGCGGUUGACGUGCAGAUUUGAUUACUAUCGGGCCUUUGAGCACACUGCCACCUCCAGAGCUGCAAAACACCCGCUGGAAACCUGUUCAUAGUUUUCCAGAGGCCGAUUGUGUCAAGCCCGGCCCUGGUCCAGUGCCCUUGGAAAAACAAAAAAGCACUGUUCAUAAACAACAGUGUCGUCUUGAUUGCUCUUGUCUGUAUGCCCAGGAGGUGGAAAUGGGGUGUCUGAAGAAAAGCUGACUUGGUAGGGGAAAAGUGGUGUUGACCUAAACAAAGAGAUCAUUCCUAAUUUCACAAGGCGUAUCCAGACCAAAAUCAAAGACCUUCUCCAGCAGAUGGAAGAAGGGCUGAAGACAGCCGACCCACAUGAUUGCUCGGCUUACACUGGGUGGACAGGCAUAGCCCUGUUGUACCUGCAGUUGUACAGGGUCACAUGUGACCAGACCUACCUGCUCCGAUCCCUGGAUUACGUAAAGAGGACACUUCGGAAUCUGAAUGGCCGCAGGGUCACUUUCCUCUGCGGAGAUGCUGGGCCGCUCGCCGUGGGAGCUGUGGUUUAUCAUAAACUCAAAAGUGACUGUGAGUCCCAGGAAUGCAUCACAAAACUUCUGCAGCUCCAGAGAACGGUUGUCUGCCGGGAUUCAGACCUUCCGGACGAGCUGCUCUACGGUCGGGCAGGCUAUCUGUACGCCUUACUCUACCUGAACACGGAGAUCGGCCCGGGCACCGUGUGUGAGGCAGCCAUUCAGGAGGUUGUCAGUGCCAUUCUUGAGUCAGGCAAGGCUCUGUCGAGGGAGGAAAGGAAGGCUGAGCGCUGUCCCCUGUUGUACCAGUGGCACAGGAAGCAGUACGUCGGCGCAGCCCACGGCAUGGCGGGAAUCUUCUACGUGCUGAUGCAGCCAGCAGCAAAAGUGGACCAAGAAACCUUGACAGAAAUGGUGAAACCCAGCGUGGAUUACGUACGCCACAGGAGAUUUCGAUCAGGGAAUUACCCGUCCUCCUUAAGCAACGAAACGGAUCGACUGGUGCACUGGUGCCACGGUGCGCCGGGCGUCAUCCACAUGCUGAUGCAAGCUUACAAGGUGUUUAAGGAGGAAAAAUACCUGAAAGAUGCCAUGGACUGCAGUGACGUGAUCUGGCAGCGAGGUUUGCUCCGGAAGGGCUACGGGGUCUGCCACGGGACAGCCGGCAAUGGCUACUCUUUCCUGUCCCUUUACCACCUCACGCAGGAUAAGAAGUACCUCUACCGAGCUUGCAAGUUUGCAGAGUGGUGUCUAGAAUAUGGAGCCCAUGGGUGUCGCAUUCCCGACAGACCCUACUCUCUCUUUGAAGGCAUGGCCGGUGCAAUUCACUUUCUCUCCGACGUCCUCGUACCAGAGACAUCACGGUUUCCAGCGUUUGAACUUGGCUCUUCGUAGAUGGAUAAAAAGGUGCAAAAAGACUGAGAGACCCAAUUGGACCAAAAGUCACCAGAUUGCUUAGUGCCUGACGAAGAACCAACUGUGAAUCCGGAAAGAGGAAAAGGAGAAGCGACACUUCCCAGCCCCUUGUGUUGCAGACCCUCAAGUUCAAGUUAGUGCAUGAGUGACAGAAACCAUCUCAUUGGCGUUUUGUGACAGUGUUCCCCUCACUGGUGUGAAAUACGGAUUCUUCACGUCCA